AUGAAAGUGGCUAUCAUCGGCGGUGGUCCAGCUGGACUAGCGACCCUUCGAUUCCUUGCUCAUGCCCACGAGUACUUCCCCAUCCCUCCUAUCGAGGUCCGACUCUUUGAAGCAGAGGCCCAAAUCGGCGGCACUUUCUCCUAUCGUGUCUACGAAGAUGCUGAGCUCGUUUCUUCAAAGUAUCUCACUGCUUUCUCCGACUUUCGUCUCCCAGAAAAUGCCCCUGACUUCGUUACCCCUGAAGUCUACGUUCAGUAUCUCAAGGACUAUGCCACCAACUUCGACCUCUGGCCUAUGAUCGAGCGUAGCACAAAAGUUGACAAAGUUCGUCGUGGGCCUAAUAACAUUGGUCAUGUCAUCUCUCUGCGCAACAAGACGGACGCCUUUGAUUGGGAGUGUGACGCAGUUGCUGUCUGCAGUGGAAUCAACGUCAACCCAGUCAUGUCCUACAUCGAGGGUAUCGAACGAGUUCCCAAGGUCCUUCACUCAUCCCGUCUCAAGUCUCGAGAACAGUUUGGUGAAAACACUAAUGUGUACAUCAUGGGUGCUGGUGAGACCGGUAUGGAUCUUGCGUAUCUCGCUGCCACUUCUGGCGCAAAGACUGUGACUCUCUGCCAUCGCGAUGGCUUCUUUUGUGCACCUAAGAUCAUCCCGAUCCCACAAGCCUUGGGGCGUCCCACACCGACUGCUCCCAACAAGCCUGUUGACACAUCUGUCGCAAGCUUGUUCGACACGGCGUAUGUCCACCCGAAGCUCCAGAAGAGCCAACUUCUCUGGACUUACUACAAUAGUUGGAUCAAGAACAUGCACAAGUUCAUCUCAGGUACUGAAGAGGGCCCCGAUCAGUGGGUUGACCAGAUGAGCCCUACCCGGAAGUACAUGGAUUCAAUCCUCCACUGCAAGUCUGACAAGGCUCUACCAUACCUGAGCGUCGGCAAGCGAUCCCAGUCAUGGGGCAACCGUAUCCGAUCCUUCUUCAUGAACGUCAAGAUUGAGGACACUAAGGGUAAGAAGAUCGAUGUGGUGACCUGGCCUACGAGCAUCGACCGUGAUGGCUACAUGCAGUUCGACGAUAAGCUUCCGAGUGAUUCUGCUCUCCCGAAGGAGCAGCUCAAGCCUGGUGUCAUGGUCUUUGCAACUGGCUACACUCGAGAUUUUCCCUUCUUGGACAACGAGUACCCAACUGUCUCUCAGACCAACAUCCGAGAAAUCUACAAAGAAGGAGAUGUGACUCUGGGCUACAUUGGAUUCGUCCGCCCUUCCAUUGGAGCCAUUCCACCCCUUGCCGAGCUUCAAGCUCAGCUGUGGGUUCUUCACCUUCUCCAGCACCGGUAUCCUAAGGAGGUACCUGUUGCCCGUGACUCUAACGCUCUCGAGUCUUACGACCUCGACUAUCAGCUUCACCCCCGAGGCAACUACAGCUUCUACGAGACCAAGCGAGCUGUCGACCACGAAAGUUAUGCCUACCAACUCGCCCUCGACAUUGGUUCUGCACCCAAAGCCCUCUCUGUCAUGAAGAAGGGCUGGAAGGUCUUUUACACCUGGGCCAUGGGCUCUAACUUUAACACCAAGUUCCGAAUGGUCGGUCCUUGGAAGUGGGAGCAGGGCGCGGAGAACAUCAUGCGUAACGAGUUGUACAAUGUUGUCAAGCACUCCGGCGGCUUCGUCUAUCUUGCAACCUAUACCCUCGUCCCUUUCUUCAUUUUCGGAAGCAUGAGCUUGAGCCUCUAUGCUUGGUACGCUAUCUGCGACUUUUUCACCUCUCUUUUUGGUGGACGCUCUGAAUCUACCACGAACGAUCAGGACGCCCCCGAAAACCGAAUUGCCUACCGAGAUCUCGGUGAAGAUCGGAGUGUGGGGGCCGUGGCGGGGCUCACCGAGACAUAUCGUGUAUUACAAGUCGUACCAAAUACGACAAUCUCGCUGGGCAAGUAUGGCUCAUUCCCAACAAAUCUGAUCAUCAACCGUCCGUACCACUUCACAUACGAGGUCCAGGACAAGCGCGAAGGAGAAACAUUUGCGCGCCUUCGUGUCGUAUCCGCCAAAGAGCUCAAUGCCGACGACUUGGCCGACACCAGUGCCGAAGCGACAGAACCAGCCGAGGGAGACGAUGUUAUUGCACCUGCAGAUGGAGAGGAGCUUACUCUUGUCGACGAGAGCGGAAAGGUUCUCAUUCGAUCGAAUCGCGAGAUCAUCGACGACUCGGCCCGACAGACACUCAAGCCGGAAGAGAUCGAGGAGCUCAAGCGCAAGGGCGCAUCAGCUGGCAAGGAGUUAAUCGCCAAGCUACUGCUGUCGCAUACGGCUAUUGACCAAAAGACGGCGUAUUCUUUGGCCAAAUAUAAGCUCCUCAAGACGAAAAAGUAUAUUCGACGGUUUACGGUGUUACCUCUUGACGUGCCGAUGCUGGCUCAGUGGUUGCUGGAGGACCGUGAUGCUUCAAAGAUUCUUGAGAUGAGGCAGGAGAUGAUGGCGCUGGUGGGUUGCUGGGCUGAUGUUCAUUAUGGAGGUGUUCCUACCGAGGAUGCUGGUGCUUCGCAGGGCGGGAGGUGGUUGGUGGUUGAUGAUACGGGUGGCUUGCUGGUGGCAUCUUUGGCUGAGAGGAUGGACAUCCUGCAUCCCAAGCCUGAGGAAGAGAGCACGGAAGAUACCGCUGCACCAGAAGUCACAGAAACCACUGCUCCUACAGACGAAAUGGACCAAGAUCAAGCCCAGACAACAGAAUCAACAAACCCCGAACAGAAGCAGGAGAAGAAACGACCUUCUAAGCGAAGCGAUUUCAACGUCCCCUACGUCAACAAGAACACUCUCACCCUGAUCCACGGCCAAACGCAACCCAACCUCGCUCUUCUACGAUACUUCAACUACGACGCCGCAAAUGCCAACCCCUCUCCACCCUAUCACCCCCUCGACACCAACCUCAUGGAUAUUUCAUGGCUGCAGCUCCUUUCCCCCGAGGAAGACGACGCGUACAACAACAAGCCACCCGAGGCAACACCAGAGGAAAUUGCGACAUGGAAGACGAAUCGCAGAGGGAAUUACCAUCGCAAGAGAAGAAGGUGGGCGCGUAUUCGGCAUGUGGUCGACACAACACGCGCUGGAGGAUUUUCUGGUCUUGCAGUUGCGAGCACCAUGGACCCCAUCUCUAUUGUCCGCAGUACAGUCCCUUUACUAGCCGGUGGCGCUCCCAUCGCUAUUUACUCUCCCACCAUCGAGCCCCUGACGCAACUGGCCGAUUGCUUUAGUGUGGCGCGUCGAGCCGCAUGGGUAUCAUCGCCGCCACCAGAAGUCGAAAGCAAAACAGCUGAAGAGCUUGAGCGCUGGGAGGGCAGUGAAGAGUUCCCCAUCAACCCUACGCUUCUACUUGGUGUGACUAUCCAGACGAGCAGGGCACGACGAUGGCAGGUUCUUCCUGGAAGGACACAUCCUUUCAUGAUGGGUCGUGGAGGUGCAGAUGGAUUCUUAUUGACAGCGUGGAGGGCGGUGCCUGUUGAAGGCAAAAUCGAGGCGAGAGGAAGGUUUAAGAGGAGAAAGCUAGAACCCUGAGUUAUAGAGAAGCUUUGGAUCAGGGAUGUCUUCAUAGCGUACGUAUAAGUAAUCGUCCAGAAUGGACCAUGCCCAAACUGACGCCGCAACCUCGUCCAACUCACAAACCUAUCAGAUGUGCUUCAGGGCAAUGAAAGAUAGCAGUUUGGGCUUCUUUUGGUUGACAUUCUAAGCUUGUGAAGGUAUCUAUUUACUGGUUAUUCCUCUAGAGCCAUCAAGGCAGUACGUAUGCCAGUGUUAAACUUGAAUCCGAUGAUUCACAAUCUUUAUUGAAGAAGCUGUGAUGCUAUGGAC